AUGGAGGAGAGUGAGCUUCACAAGGGAUUUCGGAAGACUGGAUCCGGGAUGUUUGUACCGCGGGACCAAUCCCAGAACUGGUGCCGCCACUUUGGCGUGAGGAAGGACAAGACAUUGUACCUCCGUGAAGAGGAGGUGCUAUAUCUGCGCGACAAAGAGGCUAAGGAAGGAUAUCCGACGAAGACAAAGGCAUAUUUUUUCGUCAAGAACAGCGGCUACAAUCUUCUGCCCGGCGAGGGAGGAAGGUUCCUACUGUACAGGAAGCAUAAGGAUUUCAAUAGAGAGAAGGACAAGGCGAUUUGCUUGAUGAAGUAUGUGUCGAGGGACGAGUGCAUCCAGGAUGUCUGCAGGGAUGCUGGGGAUGAGGCCCUCUGUGUGUUGUCUGACGAUGUGUUUACCUUCUUGAAGAUCAGGAGGGUUGAGAGGCUCGACUCCAGCACACCGGAGGGCUUGAAGAAGCGAGAUGCACCAUCUCCUUAG